AAAAUUUUUUCCCUGAUUAUCGUUGUUUAUCAUUGUUGUGAUGAAAAAGAUUGUUUUUAUUCGAUUAUUGAAAUUAGUUGUUUGUGAUUACGAUUACCGAAUUCAUCAUUUUUUUUUUUUGACCAUCAUCUGCUAAAUUCAUCACCAUCAUCAUAAAUUGAUCAUUUCAAUGGAUUGGAAUUUUUCCAUUCAAGAUUAUGUUGAUGUUCAUCUUAUUCGUUGGUUAAUAUGGCUUUUCACUCCAUUAUUGAUUACAUUCUUAUUUCCUGUGUUUAUCAUACUUCUUUUCUACAUAUCAGCCAUAAUUGUCUACAUUUAUCGACAUAGACAUCAAUUAGCAAUUGAUCAAUUAUUGGAUGAUCUUGAACAUCGAAGAUAUUGGGAUGGUGCUAUGCAUGCCAUUGCAAUCAUGUGGGACGCUCAUGGUCACAUUUGGUAUGGUUACGAAAUUGAAGGCUUUGAAAAUAUACCGGAAACCGGACCGGCUUUGAUUGUUUAUUAUCAUGGUGCACUGCCUAUUGAUUAUUAUUAUCUUGUUUCGAAGUGCUUUCUCCAUAAAAAACGUUUACUUCAUUCCGUUGUCGAUCGUUUUUUCUUCCAUAUUCCAGGUUGGUCUCUAAUGGUCAGAGUACUAAAACUAUUUCCUGGUUCCGUGAGCAGCUGUGUUAAACUGUUAAAUGAAGGAAAUCUAAUAGCUAUUGCACCGGGUGGUGUACGAGAAGCUCAAUUUGGUAACCAUAAUUACAAUCUUAUUUGGGCUGGACGUGUUGGAUUCGCUAAAGUGGCCAAACAGGCAAAUGUACCUAUAAUACCGGUGUUUACUCAGAAUAUUCGCGAAGCUUUUCGUACUGUACAAAUAUUUCCAAAUUUCUUUAGAAAAAUCUAUGAUUCAUAUAAACUUCCAUUGAUGCUAAUUUAUGGUGGCUUUCCUGUCAAAUUAAAAACCAUUGUUGGUAAACCAAUUCAUUUUUCUUCCGAUUGUACAGUGGAAGAAAUUGCCGAAAUGACCGCAAACAAACUUGAAGAGAUAAUAAAAGCAAAUCAAACGAUUCCCGGUUCCAUUCUUCGAGCAAUGAUACAGAGAUUUAUUUAAUAUUCGAAAAUUAUGCCACUAUAUAAUGGUUGUUCAUGUUAAAAUUGUUAUUUCCUUUUUUAACCAUCACAAAAUUACGGUCACCUAAUCAGAUAAGAAUCUCAAUGAUACAAUAUAAAUUGCACGUGUUUUUUUUAUUUAUUUAUAUUUAUUAUCCGACCUAAUAUUAUACAAAUUAAUUUGUAUAUAUCAAACCGAAUACGAAUGUAUUUAGAUGAAAACAACAAAAUUGUAACUUGGGUUUUUUUCUGCAAUAAAUGAUAAUACUGUUGCAAUACUCAA